CUGAAUAUUUUGAGACUGAUUUUUUUUUUACACUGAAUUUACAUUGAAAAAAAAUCAGAGGCAAAAAAAAUUUCAGUGCUAGAAAUUUGAUGGUUUUUAAAAUUCAAAGUCUGAUUUUGAUGCUGAAAAAAUUCAAUCUUAGAAAUUCAUAUUCAAACUCAGACGGGCACAGAAAAACUUCCAUACGUUGGCAUGGAGGUGAGGACAUCAGUCUUAAGGUAUAAAUCGAUGUUAAAAAAGGCCAAAUUUUUUUCGUCGCCAACCACAGGUCACCAGCCAAACGCGUCCUGUUACUAGAGUCUCACUCUUGUCAUUUUCUGAAACUUGGCAGCCCUGCAGAUAUCCAACAUUUCAGUAUUUUUGGAUUUUACCUGAUUGCUGGUUGCUGCCACACCUCUGUCCAUGAUUCCUCCUCAACUUUUGCUGUCUUCCUGCCCUUCACACAUGGAGGAUAUGGGUCUGCUCUGAUUGGCUGAAAAGUUAAUGACUGCACUGAUUGGCUGCUCCAGUGUGUCAUGUGGAUUUUCUUCACUUUUCUGAACUGGCCUCAAAGUUUCUGCAUCAUCCUGCAUUGUGUUCUGCUAAAUCUGCACAGGUUUUGAAAGGUUUCAGCUCUUCUCCAGUGAAACCCAGGCAGUGCAACCUGAAUCUGCAGCCGACCUAUCCAAGUACAUCGUUAUGCUUGUGCAUCAACAUUGCUGCCUCCCAGGAUAUUUCACCAAGCUAUGGAUAUUUGCCAUGAUGAUAUUAUUCGCUCUUACCCCAGAACAAGCUUAUUGUCUAAAAAUAACAUCUGACAAUGGUGUCUAUUAUGGAACUAGAGAUAGAAAUGUGUCUCUUAACUGUCAGUUCACCCUUGAUUCUGAGGAUUUGGAAAAUUUGGACAUAGAGUGGAACAUUGUGCCACCAGUCAGGCAGGGAGAUGAAAUACGUAUACUCCGGUAUAGUCAAAGUACCAUUCAUAAUAAUUUAUAUGCCCCUUUAAAGAACAGGAUCUACUUUACAUCUCCUGAGCCCCAAGACGGUGAUGCUUCUCUAAGCAUCACUGACCUUAGGCGUAAAGAUUCUGGAACAUACCAGUGUAAGGUGAGAAACCUAGCAAGAGAACAGAUUAAAUACAUUUUUCUGAUUGUAAUGGAGAGGCCAGACAAGCCGGUAUGUUACAUGGAUGGUGAAGCUGUGUUAGAUACAAAUAUAACGCUCAGAUGCAGAUCCUCACAAGGCACUCCACCGCUUAAAUACAGAUGGAAAAAGCUCAGCGGAAACCGGAUGCUGCCUCCGGAUGCUUUUGUUGAUGCUCGAAGAGGGGACUUAUACUUGGAUCAGAUCACAGAGAGGGACUCUGGAACAUACCGCUGUACCGUCCGGAACCGUGUGGGUAUGGAAGACUGUGAGCUUAUACUCAAAAUCACAUCUCCAUCAACAGUGACUGACGAACAUGGACCUACAGCAGGAACUACAGCUGAAAUUACAGCAGGAGUGGGUAUUGAAGACUGUGAGCCUGUACUCAAUAUCACAUCUCCAUCAACAGUGAUUGACGGACAUGGACCUACAGCAGGAACUACAGCAGGAGCUAUUGUUGCUGUGAUUGUGGUCAUCACUGUAACGCUCACUCCAGUCAUUUACUACCGCCUCAGAAAAAGGCAUGGAAGGUUAAGGAGGAAUCCAUGGGCUCAGAGAAACAUCUGUCAGCCCAUAAGAAUAGAACAGCUCAGGUGUGAGGAAGAAGACAACCUGUAUGAGGUAAUGAAGACUAUCAACCCUGUACUGUCUUCCUCUGCAGAGGACAAUGAGAAGAAUGCAUCUAUUGAGGAGGGUCUGACAGCCUGUGUUGAAGCUAAGGAUUUGGGCUCCUCACAGAUAGAAAAAUCAGAGGACAAUGGAUCCAUGGGAAACAGAGAUCAGGUUGAUGUGAAGGACAGGAAAACUACUCCCGCCAUCACAAAGACUGUUGCCACAUGGCCAGAGGGUGCCUCCCAGCAGCUGCAGGACUGCUUUGAGAGGACCAACUGGGGGGUCUUUGAACACCAGGACCUGGAGGUGUUCACACACAGUGUUCUGUGCGACAUUAAGAACUGCACAGACACUGUCACAGUGGACAAACGCAUCCGUGUCUAUCCCAACCAGAAGCCCCGGAUGACGGCGCUAAAAGAGAGGAACACCGUAUGGAGGGCCGACAACAAAGACCUCUGCAACACAGCCCGAGCCAACCUGAAGAGAGGCAUCAGAGAGGCCAAGGCAGACUUACAGGAGAAAACUACUCCCGCCAUCACAAAGACUGUUGCCACAUGGCCAGAGGGUGCCUCCCAGCAGCUGCAGGACUGCUUUGAGAGGACCAACUGGGGGGUCUUUGAACACCAGGACCUGGAGGUGUUCACACACAGUGUUCUGAAAACUACUCCCGCCAUCACAAAGACUGUUGCCACAUGGCCAGAGGGUGCCUCCCAGCAGCUGCAGGACUGCUUUGAGAGGACCAAAUGGGGGGUCUUUGAACACCAGGACCUGGAGGUGUUCACACACAGUGUUCUGUGCGACAUUAAGAACUGCACAGACACUGUCACAGUGGACAAACGCAUCUGUGUCUAUCCCAACCAGAAGCCCCGGAUGACGGCGCUAAAAGAGAGGAACACCGUAUGGAGGGCCGACAACAAAGACCUCUGCAACACAGCCCGAGCCAACCUGAAGAGAGGCAUCAGAGAGGCCAAGGCAGACUUACAGGAGUAG